AUGGUUCUCAAGCCUCGCCGACGACUCAUUCUCCUCUUCGCCAGUUUCUUCCUCACUCUUAGCACCACUUACCUCUUACUUCCCCACGACUCUCACAUCCGACUCUCCAUCAACUUCAAUGCUUCUCGCUUCUGGAACGCGCUCCGGGCAUCAGCCACAGAUCGCGACGCUUGGCUGCGUCAACAGCCUGCGCCAUACCCGCUGAGUCUGCGCGACGACGUCGGCUAUCUCAUCAAGACAGGCUAUGGCACUCGCCAUCGGUUGCCCGCCUUGCUCGAAGCCUUCGCUCACACUGGCGACAUUCUGGGAGAGCAAUAUCGAAGCUUCAUUGCCGUCGGAGACUGGACGCCGACAAACAAGACAGCCGAUGGGCUGCCGAGCGUGUUCAAUGUCGUGGACAUGCUGAUGGAGACCAGGCUUGGUCCAUCGCUUCAAGGCCACCCCCGUCUCUCCAAGUACCGUUCCCUUCAGGAAGCGAUAGGCUCGGCCGACGAGGAUAAGGCGAACAAGCUUGGCCAAGAAUUCGGGUGGGAGUUGGAUGCACUCAAGAAGAAGUGGUACAUCAUCCUGGAUGACGAUACCUUUCUGAUAGGGCCUUCGCUGCAUCUCCUCCUGAGCCAUUUGGAUCCUGCCAGACCGCAGUACAUUGGCAACGCGGUGGGCGACUACAAGAGUCGGCUCGCACACGGGGGGUCUGGCAUCGUGCUGUCCCAGGAGGUCAUGCGGCGGCUCUUCAGCAACCCCGGCAUUGUCGCCCAGUCAUAUGCCGACUCGCUCGACGAGACAUGGGGUGACCGCCUUGUGGGCACGGCGCUGAUCAAGCUGGGGAUCUAUCUCGACGAGCGGUAUAGCCAUCACUUCAACGGUGAGCCGCCCGCGAUGGCCCGGGUCAAGGGAGACCGCUUCUGCUCGCCCAUUGUGUCCCUUCACGGCCUCCGCAGACCAGGGGCCAUGGAGGCCGUCGGGCAGGCCCUCUCCAACAGACAGCAGCCAGUGCUCUGGGCCGACCUGUGGCAGCUGUUUGCCGCCUCUUCACUCGACGACGCUGGCCGCGAGCCGGUACGUCAGAUGCGGGACUACGUGGGGCCGACGGGCGACGACACGACGACAUGGGAGAGCAUCGAAUCGGCAGAGGCGUGCCGCAGCAAGUGCCAGGAUAGCAAGAGCUGCCUGGCGUGGACCUUUGACACGGAGACGCGGGCUUGCCGCACCAGUCCUUGGAUGGUCAUUGGAGACAGCAGCGGCGCGGAGACGGAGCAGUCUGGACUCGAUUGGCAGACGGUGGAGUCUCUGGUGCAGCACUGCGGCCGAACAUCCAUGUAUUAG